AUCCGGUUCGCCAUUUUAUUUAGCUUGUCGACGUCGUGGUGUAACCAUCGCUUUCACAUUCUAAACUUGAUCAGAGUGUUCGAGCUGCUCUAUUGAGAGCGCUCGUCGUCUGUACGUUGUAGUUCAUAAUAGCUCAGUCUCAAGCGUUUUUCGUAUAUCUCUUUUUCUCUUGUCCACAAGCAGCGUGAAAAGUCUGCGGUGUUGCUAAUGCGUGGCGUUUCAGAGAGCUCGCCGACUCGCGCGAUGGCGGAGGAUUUGGAUGUCGAAGCCAUGCUGGAGGCGCCAUAUAAAAAGGGGGAGCAGGACUCCUCCUCCAAAGACAAGUCCUCCAAGGAGAAUGGGUCUAGCCGAAAAUCGUCUGGGAAAAGCAAACAUCGCUCACGUUCUCGUUCAAGAUCUCGGGAUCGCGAUCGCCGAGACAAAGAUCGACGGGAUCGUGACAGGGACAGGGAUCGGGACCGGGAAAGGGAUCGCGAUCGCGGCGAUCGCGGUGAUCGCGGUGAUCGUCGGCGCAGAUCACGAUCACGAGACAGGCGAGAUCGGGACAGAGAUCGUGAGAAUGAUCGGGACAGGGACAGGCGGGACAGAGAUCGGGAUCGAGAUAGAAGGAGAAAGAGAUCGUUGACACCGUUGACUCUUCCUAGAGCUCGACCGCCGUUCGGCAAAGGUCACAGUCCCCUUGGCAUAAACGAUGAAUUGACUCCAGAAGAAAGAGAUGCCCGAACCGUUUUUUGUAUGCAACUAAGUCAACGAAUUCGUGCGCGUGAUUUGGAGGAAUUCUUCUCGAGCGUCGGUAAAGUGCAGGAUGUUAGAUUAAUUACAUGUAAUAAGACACGAAGAUUCAAAGGCAUUGCCUACGUGGAAUUUAAGGAUCCAGAAAGUGUGACGCUUGCUCUUGGUUUGUCUGGUCAAAAACUUCUUGGAGUGCCUAUUGUAGUACAGCAUACACAAGCUGAAAAGAAUCGGAUGGGAAACUCGAUGCCAAAUUUAAUGCCUAAAGGACAGACGGGUCCUAUGCGAUUAUACGUCGGAUCUUUACAUUUUAAUAUUACAGAAGAUAUGCUUCGUGGAAUCUUCGAGCCAUUUGGAAAGAUAGAUAACAUACAAUUAAUAAUGGAUCCUGAGACGGGCCGUAGCAAAGGUUAUGGAUUCUUAACAUUCAGAAAUGCGGACGACGCGAAGAAAGCGUUGGAGCAAUUGAAUGGGUUCGAGCUCGCCGGUCGACCUAUGAAAGUCGGAAACGUAACAGAACGAACCGAUCUGAUUCAAGGGCCAUCACUGCUUGAUACCGACGAAUUGGAUCGUAGUGGUAUCGAUCUUGGAGCGACUGGCAGAUUACAAUUGAUGUUCAAAUUGGCGGAAGGUACCGGCCUGGAAAUUCCUCCCGCAGCAGCUAACGCUUUAAAUAUGGCACCAGUCAUGACACAGCCACAGCCACCACCUCAAGCCGCGCCUCCCAUUGCGACACAGUGCUUUAUGUUAUCAAACAUGUUUGACCCACAAAAAAUUUUUGUCGCUGUUAUUUCCAGCGAGACGAACCCUAACUGGGCGAAGGAGAUCCGCGAUGACGUUAUUGAGGAGUGCAACAAACACGGCGGCGUACUACAUGUGUAUGUGGACCAAGCGUCGCCGCAGGGCAACGUCUACGUGAAGUGUCCAUCGAUCGCGACCGCGGUAGCGGCCGUGAACUCGUUGCACGGGCGAUGGUUCGCCGGCCGCGUUAUAACUGCCGCCUACGUGCCGGUGGUGAAUUACCACUCGUUGUUCCCGGAUGCGAUGACCGCGUUGCAACUGCUGGUGCCGAGCGCGCCGCGAAGAGGGAUGUGAUCUUAAACGAGCGAGCGAACAGCAAUUGUCAUUUACUAAUGUGUAAAUCCUUGCGUAGUGCAUUCUCUCUAUCUAAUACACUUUCUCGUUGCUGUCCGGCCGGAUUGUAUUUUCUAUUCAUUGAUAAAGCAGGGAAAGAAAGCAAACUGAGGAACAGGUUUCGACGUUAUUGCACCUUAAGGGAUAGUGUCACACGUGUCAUGUUGCGUAAAUUCACUGUGGCAUAAAAGCAAUAAGUUCGAUUCGACUUGUUUUUCACGGCACACGCAUUGUUUACAUAAAACUUCUGUGACGAUCAAAGUUUGAUCACGCCAGACCAUGGCACAUUUCGAGAAUUUGUUUAGCACUUUGAAUCUGGCUAAUCAAACAUGUAUUAGAAAGUUUAUGGAUUUUAAAAUAUUUCUACGUUACAUGUCGUAUAUAUAUUUAUUUUAUUUAAUUUUCUCUUUCGCAACAUAAUAUAAAAAACCGACAUAAUUAUAGUAUAUUAUAUACCAAAAUAAUUAUAGUAUUUGUUGCUGAAAAGAGAAAGUACGCGAACUCUUUCAUUUCUUUUAUUUAUUUAAAAAUUAUGAAAGGCGAGGUGGUGAUUGAAAAAUACAAAGAUGCGAUAAAAGUCAAGUUUAUAGCGGAUUCAAAGCGUUAACAAUUACGAUGGAGUUUGAUUUGAAAUAAAAACACUCGUGUCAAAAUUACAAGUA